AGGCUGAAAACCUGCGACUGCAAUACUUCACCAUUCUGGCAUUGCUUUUGGCGUUCACGAAGCAAAGCCAGAGUCAUACUGGAGCGUCGCGAAGAACGCGGUGCACGACGAGCUUCUGGCCGGGAAUGCCUGGAGCUUAAAGAGCUGCGUUAGCAAGGGACUGCUCAGUGCACGAUAAUAGUCGGAGAAGAUGGCCUCGCCGGAAGCUGUGAGAGCUUUGCGAACCUUGCUCCUAGCCUCUAGAUCGCCCAGCCUAAGACAACAACGAAGAACGAUCUGUGCUGCGUGCUUGGCAAAGGACAAGAAUGGCGUCGGUCGCCGAGUGGACAGCAGGCCACUCGCAGCGGUUCCGACGCAGCAAUGGCAUGAGCACAGGGCGAAAAAGAGACGUAUGGCCACGCAGGUCGAGGUCAGGCAGCAAGGAUACACAGGCAGAGGGCCUAUCGCCGAGUACGAUGCGAGAGUGCAAUCAGGCAGGCUACGGGACGAUGAACACCAGCGGACAAUCAUCCAAGCUUUGCAGGAUCUACACGAUGUCCUCUCGAAAUAUAUUGCGCCAAAAGUGAUCAAGCCCACAAUUGAGUCGCUGCAGCCCAAGAAGAAAAGUCUGUUUGGAUCACUCUUCGGUGGGAAUGAUGAGAAACAACUUGUGAUGAAGCCGCGGCCCGACUUGCCGAAGGGCAUUUAUAUGUACGGAGAUGUGGGAAGCGGGAAGACCAUGAUGAUGGAUCUCUUUUACGACACACUCCCCGACAACAUCACGCAUAAGACGAGGAUUCACUUCCACAAUUUCAUGCAAGAUGUGCACAAGCAGCUCCACAAGAUGAAGAUGCAGCAUGGGCAAGAUAUCGACUGCAUACCUUUCGUGGCGGCCGAAAUCGCACAAGAGGCAUCAGUGCUUUGUUUCGACGAGUUUCAGUGUACCGAUGUGGCCGAUGCCAUGAUUCUGCGAAGGCUGAUCGAGAGCUUGAUGGCACAUGGCACAGUUUUGGUCACGACAUCGAAUCGUCACCCUACGGAGCUCUACAAGAACGGCAUUCAGCGUGAAUCGUUCAUUCCCUGUAUCAAUCUGCUCCUGGAUCAGCUUCGCGUUCUGAACCUCGACUCGACAACAGACUACCGCAAGAUUCCACGCCCGCCGUCGGGUGUCUACCAUCAUCCACUCGACAAAGCCUCAACGACGCAUGCGAACUACUGGUUCAGGUUCCUCGGAGACUUCGAAAACGAUCCUCCACAUCCAGAUGUACAGCACGUAUGGGGACGAGAGAUCACUGUACCAAAAGCGUCUGGAAAAGCCUGCUGGUUCACAUUCAACGAAUUAAUUGGCUCUGCUACAGGCGCAGCAGACUAUCUCGAGCUCGUCCGACAUUACGAAGCUUUCAUCGUCACCGACGUCCCCGGCAUGAACUACCGCUCUCGAGAUCUUGCCCGCCGCUUCAUCACUUUCCUCGAUGCAGUCUACGAGUCUCGCGCGAAGCUUGUUCUCACAACUGCAGUACCUCUGACUCAACUUUUCAUGAGCAGGAACGAAAUCGACAACAUGCUUGACGAAGCUGCAAACACUGCCGAUGCGGAUAGAAGAGUGAAAGAUGCUGCAAAGAAGAAGAAUACAGAACCACAGAAGCCAGGCUCUGAUGUUGAUGAUGCAAUGAGAAUGAUGAUGGAUGAUCUGGGAAUGAAUAUGGAUUCCAUGAAGAAGAGUAGUUUUUUCACCGGCGACGAGGAAGCUUUCGCGUUCGCUCGUGCACUGAGCAGAUUGAGUGAGAUGGGAAGUCAGGAGUGGGUUGAACGAGGUCUUGGUCUUACUGGCAAGGGCGAGAAAGAUGUUGAGGAUUGGAAGAAGGUACGUGGAUCGUGGCGGCAGGACAGUUAUUGAGAGCGUGUGGAAGUGGGUUCUGGAGAGAUGUGUACAGGUCAUCUUGAUUAUCAUGUGAGCGAGAUACCCAGCUGUGCUGCGUUUGGUGCAGGCGAUGUUGAUAGAUCUUCGGUGAAUGUGCAAUUUUCCA